AUGACCGAACCUCAACCUUCCACCUCUCAGCAACCCGCAAACGCGAACGGCUCACAAGACCAACAAUCUUCAAUCCCUCCACCCUCUACACAACCACAGACAUCUACACAAACGACAGAUACGGUUAUCAAGCCCGAGCCAGAUUUGGACGCCUCCAUCGAGCAGGAUAUCGAUAUGAGCGCUGAACAAUCUGGCGCGGGUGCCGAUGAGAGCGGCGCCGGCGCACUUGCGACGGAGGUUGAUCAGCUCGCCGAGUCGUCCCAGCCUAGCAAGAAAGAGACGAGCUUGCGCGAGUUCCUGGGAAAAAUGGAUGAAUAUGCGCCGAUUAUCCCCGACGCUGUCACCGCACAUUACCUCACUCUCGCCGGCUUACCACCUCCCGGCACGGGUCCCAACCAAACACCCCCUCACCUCGCCCGCCUUCUCGCCCUCGCAACUCAAAAGUUUGUUUCUGAUAUUGCUGCCGACUCAUAUCAGUUUGCUCGUAUCCGGGCCUCGAACAGCUCCUCCGCCAAUAAUCCCAUGGGCAGUUUGACCACCGCCGUGGGUGGUCCGGCCGGUGCAGGCGCCGCGCCUGGUGGUGUUGCCGGUGGCGACGGUGCUAAGGGUAAUAAGGGCAAUACCCAUCUUGGUAUCCAGCGUCCUGGCUUUGGUGGUGGUGGCUCUGGCGGUUCGGGUCAAGGACGGACUGUGCUUACCAUGGAGGAUUUGGGCAUGGCUGUUUCCGAAUAUGGAGUUACCGUGAAGCGGGGAGAAUUCUAUCGGUGA